AAUCAGUCCACUUGAACAUCCGGAAGGUAUCGUAGAGAAAGUUCGGCAUUGGAACGUUGAAGUUAGUGAGUUAAUCGUCGGAAUCAUGUUCAUCGACAUACCUGAAAUUCUGGACAGCAACUUUCUAUUGACUUCAGGUCCGAUUUACGCUACCUUACAUAUGUUAAAACGAAAUACUUUCUAUACGAAAGUUGUAGCCUUACAUCUUAGGAAUCCACAGAAUCAAACGGUUUGCAAUUCCGUCGAGGAACGAUGGAGAUAUGCCCAAAUUACCGCAGGCUGUCCAGUUGUGACGGAAAUGACAAAGUUGGCAAAUUUCGAUGUUGUUUCCACUCCCGCUCAUCCGUGAGGUUUCGGCCGAUGAUUUCCAGGUCUGUACCUUUGCGUUAGACUUGUCGAAUCAUUCAUCACAUAUGUACAUGAACAUAUAUGUUAAUCCAUAUGUUGAAAUCAUCCCAAAAUAUAUAUGUGACACAUAUAUUAGUCAUCUUUGUGUUAAGACCAAAAUAUGCCAAAUCCAUAAAGUUAAUAUAUAUAUAUACACAUAAGUAUAUAUAAACAUUUGAGAUCAACCCAAAAAUGUAUAUAUUAAUCAAAGGUGUUUAAAAGACUUAAAGAAGUAUUUUGGACACUCAAAAUAUCAAGAGAAACUUUCACAGACCUAAACGGUCGACGCAAAGGGUCGACCGUCGCGUUAAACUUCGAGACGAACCAGGACUGUCAGCCAAACGGUCGACCGCCGGUGGCUGACGGUCGACUGCCGCCCGCCGAGCCGAGGACCGUCUUUCUCAGUUAGUCAACAACGGUCAACCGCCGGUCAACCACGGUCGACCGUCACGGUGUUCCGAGCCCCGUAACUUAUUUUAAUGAUAUUUUUAUCAGAUUACAUCCAAAUAAAAUAAAGUAUAUUUAUCCAAUCAUGUUGCUUACAAAUUGUUCAUAUCAUGUGAUUUAUUUCAUCAUUCAUAUUGAAACAUAUCACAUCAUGUGCAUGCGCAAGAGAUCAGGCUGAAGUGCGUCUCUUGUAGUUGUGAUUGUGCGGGACUUAGCAGUCCGACAUCACGGACCGGGCUUAGUGUACAUACAUGGUACUUAGAUUUUCGAGUACCACCCCUAUUUCUGCGUGAGUUCGUCGUACCAAAUGGGCGAAUCUCAUAGUUCAAGGCUCGUCCUUGCGACUUAGAAUCAUACAGCAUGAAGUCAUCAAGUAAAAUCAUCAUGACUAUGUGUGACAUCAAUUACGCAUCAUGUUAUCAUCAAGUACAUCAAUUACAUAGAUGUCAUGUAAUCAUCAUCAAGAACAAGUAUAUAUGGAUUAUAUGAGUAUCAUGUAAUCAUCCUCACAAGCAAAUUGAUUUAUUGUGCCAUCAUGUAAUUAUCAUUAAAUAUUUAUCAUCAUGAUUCAUCAAAUUGUCCAUAUGAUGUAAUGUGCCAUAUUAUGAAUAUUAUUAUUAUACUUUUUGUGGACAUAUAUAUGUAAAUGUAUAUGUCUAUGAAUUAUUCUACAAUUCUAGCGUGGUACCACUCAGCGGUUUCACUGAGCGUGUAGUUUGUAUUUUUUCGUUGACUACACGUAGGUAACAAGAAGAUAAUGAUGGAACCUUUCCCGGAGGGCAUUGAGUCAGAGGAGAUGCAAGGAUGGCAGGCAAUGUUUGGUCAAUAGAUUUUAAAAUGUGUCAUGAUUUGAUUAUUAUUGUACUUCCGCAUUACUCUGAAAAUAUUUUUAAAUGGGUCGCGAUCCAGAGUAUGUAAAUUUAAUAUUUAUAAGUAAUUGUCAUUUUCAAAUGUCAAGCGAAAUUUUUAUUUAUCUCUCGUUUCACCUUAAUUUGUGUAAUUCCGAGUUAUACGGAUUGGGGUGUUAC